AUGAUUUAGUAGUGUAAUUUAAAGUUAAAAUGUUAAAAAGAUGAUCAUUAAGAUGAGAUAGACACAGUUUGUUACAAUUAGUUUUGUUAAGAAUUCAGAUUAAAUUGCUUUAAAUGUAUGAAGAAGGAAAGAAUCCAUAAUGAUCAUUUUAAUGAUGUUGAAAAAAUUAACAGCUUGAUUCAAUUCAUUGAUUAGAAAAAUUAAGAAUGUGAUAAAUUAAUUGAUGAUCUUAAUAAAUUAGAAUAAAUUAUGAAUCAAUCAUUUUCUUAAUUAAAAAGAGGAAUCAUAUAAAAAUAUUAAUUAAAUAAGGAGAGAUUAGUAUAAUUGAAUUCUUAAUAAAUUAAUGAUUAUUUGAAUUCAACUAUCUAAUUUAAAUAAUAUUAAUAAUCACUCACAAAAAUCAUUUAAGAAUAGACUAAUAAAUUAAAUCACUCAUUUAAUAAUUUAUAUGAAUAAUUAAAAUUAUCAUAAUUUAAUUAUUAUUAGAUUGAUAAUAAUCCUAUAUAAUAAUCUAAAAAAUUAUAUGAUAAAGGUAUUCAUCUUAUUAUAAUUAUUAGGUUAUAAAUUAUUUUUGGAAUAUAAAUACGAUGAAGCCAUAGAAGUACUAGAUAAAUCUAUAUAAUAAGAUCCUAAUAAUCAUCAAUCAUUAUGGUGUAAAGGUUAAAUAAUAAUUUAAUAAAUAGGUUCAUGCUUAAGAUUAUUAACUAAAUAUGAGAAUGCAAUCACUUGGUAUGACAAAGCAUUAGCUAUUGAUUCGAACCAUGUUUUAUCUUUAU